AGCAUAUUUUUUAUCCACAUGUAUGCUAUUUUAAUCUGUUUCACGUCAUACGUAUGCGUCGGCCGGAAAUUGAAUUUCCAUCGCCUCUUGUUUUUGUUCCCAGUUAGAUUCUGUUCAGCAGCUGGGUUAGGUAGGCUUUUUGUGUUCGAAAUUUACGAAAUAUUUGGUUAGUUUGAACAACUUUAUCAAUUCAAACGGUGUUUGGACAAUAACGCAGAGCCAUGUCUAAACGCGCUUCUUUUCACACACAACUGUCCUCCAUCAUGGAAAUACUGUCCAGAACCGCAAUGGCUCAUGUGUGCAAACUGGUUGACGACGAAUACGCGGGAAUGUCUUUAGAAAAUGAGGCUCUCACUGAUAAAUUGCAUAAUCUGGAAAGUGAACUGACAAUUGUGAAAAGCACAGCUCCCAAGCUGUCUGGAAACUAUCGCUCUGUUGGUGUUCAAACUGGUGAAACUAUCACCAGAAUAGACAGAGGGCUAAAUGGGUCCCCCACCAUCGAAGGAAUAUUUGGGAAGGAAUGGUGCCUUGAUCUAUGGAACCAUGGGGAUCCCUACAGCACAGAGAACAGUCCGCAACACACUGCUAAAUCAACAGGGGUGCCUUCAGGCCAAGCUGACGUUAAAGAGGAGGAUUUUGAGGUGGAAAUCAUAAACAGCAGAGACCCACAGGAAAGACCAACAAUAAUUUUAGAUGAUGAUGACUUAUUGGACAAUGGAAGAGAAGGGCCCUCCAAUGAGUAUCCAUCCUUUGAUUCCUUCCGCCAGGACAGGCCAGGGAGACGGGAUAAACAGGUACUGGAGAUGUCAACUACGGAUGUCUCCACAGGACACACUUUACGUUUCAUAUCCAUCGACGGAGUGGAGGAGGAAUAUGGCGAGCAUGUCUUUCCCAUUGAGGACGAUGAGACAAAUGAGUUCCUACCAGACGAUACCGAGCUGUUGCCCAACGAAGGACAAGAUGAACACAUCACAAAGCCAACGUACGCAAAGAAGUCUUUAGCAAAGUCAAAAAGCAAAGCUGGAAAGACUGCUGGGAAGACUUUCAGUUACUUUAACAGGUUUAACUUGCACUCCCAUAGUAAAUCCGAAACAAACAAGUUAAGUUGCGUGAUUUGUAAGAAGACUUUCUUGCGGCAGAACCAUCUGACAAUGCAUAUGAAAUCUCACAAGUCGCUUUACUGCAGUGUGUGUAAGAACUGUUAUCCUGGGAAAACUCAGCUCAAAAAACACAAAUGUGUUGCUCCCGAUUAUCUGGCCUCGAACAGCUCGAAGUACUUUUGCCAUUACUGCGGCAAGUCUUUCAGCUGUCCGUCAAGCCUGAGGAUACACCACCUGGUGCACACUGGAGAGAGACCCCACACGUGCACUGUCUGCGGGAGAGGAUUCACACAGAAGGGCAAUCUGAAAUGUCACAUGCGCCUUCACACUGGUGAGAAACCGUUCAAAUGCCUCACAUGCGAAAUUGGUUUCACCCAGAAAGUAUACCUCACUCAGCACUUGGCCAAAGCUCACGGUCAAAAGGAAGAUAAGAAAAAGAAGGCGCAAGUGCACAAAUGUUCUAAGUGUCAGUUGUCUUUCGUCAAUCAGCAACUGCUCCAAACACACAUGGCUGUUCAUAAAAAUAAAUGAAGUAUUUUUGGUUGAUUGCAAUACUCUUGACUUAAAGGGGCAAGCUGCAGUUGCUACAUGUAUUUUGGGACUUAGAAAUUAUGUACUCAUUUAUUGUUGAAGAAUAUAACUUAUUAAUCCCUCAUGAGCUUAGUUGAACUGUUGUACCCCAUCAGAACCCAACAUAAACAAAGUAAAUAAACACUUAACAUUUGUCAUUUAGCAGACGCUCUUAUCCAGAGUGACUUACAGGAGCAAUUAGGGUUAAGUGCCUUGAUCAAGGGCACAUCGACAGAUUUUUCUCCAGGCCCAGCCCUCAGCUUUUUACCGAAACAGGUGGGGAGGCCUCUAUCUGAACCGCUGAUUGCCCCUUUAAAGGAUUGUGUGCCUGCUCUGCUCAAACUGGAGAACCGAAUACUGUCUAAUGUAUGUCAUACUUCACAAUAUUGGAGCGACCUUGUCAAGGGGUUUGGAUCUGGACACUGGAAGUCCCCCCCCCCCCCAAAUAAGCUACAGUAUGUUGUAGGCUUUAAGUGUAUUUAUUACACUUGUUUUAUUUGACUGAAUUCGCUACAACACUAACAGGAUGUAUUAGGCUAUCUGGUAUGAUUUACCUACAAUAAAAGUAAAUUGAAGUUUUAUUUUGCAAAGAACGUGGUGCAUGAGUAUUGCACAAUUCAUAGGUACUGUAAUGUUUACCUUCCUGCCUGUUCUAUAUUUUAGGCUCAAGGAAUUAACCUGCCAAUGUUUGGUGCAAGAUGGCAGUUGGUACUGUAUCUGCAUUGUCCUCUAUACAUUGGUAAAUAUGACAAGUUAUCAUUAAAUGGAUGUUUUCAA